CUUCUCUGAGGGCCUGUUGAGACGGACCGCUCGAGCCGACACACCGACAAACACAUUCAGAUGAUGGCGUCGGCCGGUGAGAGCAGCGUUGGGACGGAACAGCAGGAUCCAGAUGAAGCAGUGUCGGUCAGAGAUGUUCAGUCGCAUUACCUGCGCUGUCCGUCCCCCAGCUUCUCUACGGUAUCAGAUCGUUUCUCUAUGAUCUCUGGCUCAGACGCUGAGAGCAUCUUCAUGGAGCCCAUCCAUCUGUCAUCUGCCAUCGCUGCCAAACAGAUCAUCAACGAAGAGCUGAAGAGCAGAGACGUGAGAUCCAAUGAGACGUCUGACAGAAUGAUGUUAGAAACAGCCGAGCAGAUGAUGGUGGAGGAUCUGUAUAACAGAGUCAAAGACAUGAUGGACGACCGGAGUCCCUAUAACACACCCUGUGUACUGGACAUCCAGAGGAGUCUGCUACACGACAGACUCGAGACUCCAUUCAACCCCGUAGACGAAGUCUGGCCAAACGUCUUCAUCUCGGAGAAGUCCGUGGCAGUAAAUAAAUCUCGUCUGAAGCGUCUCGGCAUCACUCACGUUGUGAAUGCAGCACACGGGACGGGAGUUUACACGGGUCAGACGUUCUAUCAGAACAUGAACGUCUCGUAUAUGGGCAUUGAGAUCGAUGAUUUCUCAGAGUCUGACAUGUCACCUCACUUCCGCUCGUGUGCCGAGUUUCUGGAUGAUGCUUUACUGACGCACAGAGGUAAAGUUCUGGUGAGCUCGAUGAUGGGUGUGAGUCGCUCUGCUGUUCUGGUGGCUGCGUAUCUGAUGAUCUUUCAGAACAUGAGUGUCAUGGAGGCGCUGCUGGAGAUCCGAAAGAAACGUGCCAUCAACCCCAAUGAAGGCUUUCUAAAGCAACUGCGUCAGCUCAACGAGACUUUAAUGGAGGAACGUGAUGAAGAUGAUGACGACACCCUGAGUCAAUGUUCUGUCAUCGACAUCCGCGCUCAUCCGGAUGAAGAAGAGCAGAGCGUGUUCGGAGUAAAAGCUGAAUCCAUCAUGGUGGAGGAGGAGGAAGACGGCGGCAGCAUCAUGAGCAGUGUGGCGUCAUCCGCCGCCGCCGCUGCCAUGAAAGCAGGAAUUCUCUUUAGGCCAAGUCAACCAGACCUGAACGUGACUUCAGAGGACCCUGUCCUACCUGGAGAAAUCAGAGAUGAUGAAGACGGAGAUGUGGGCAGUAUGAUCAGAGAGUGGCAGAAACGAAACGAGAAAUACCAGAACGACGACUGGUGGGAGGCACAGCUCUUGUGUGAUGACGGUGAGUCCUCCGUCAACGAGGCGCCGCGACCCGAAGACCUGGAGAGCGUGACCAGCGAAGACGUGAGAAUGCUGAAAGAACGGAUCAGGCAUCGUCCGCGCCGAGCCGUUUCCGAUGCCGGAUCCACGGCGAGCUGCAGUAGCUACUCUGAUCUGUGGAAACAACGGCUGAAGGAGAUCGAGGAGCAGGCCGCCGCGCGGUACAGACAGAAAGAGGCCGACGCUGAUAUUGACGGCGAAGCAAGACAGAAAAAAAUCGAGGACGACGCACAGAGCAUCAUGUCUGAAUCCAGCUCCAUGUACAACUUCUGUGAAAAGAACAAAGAUUUAACUCCUCUGGAGAGGUGGAAGAUUAAGCGGAUCCAGUUCGGAUGGAACAAAAAAGAUGCGGCGGCGGAGGACGGCGAGGGAGUGACGGAGGCGCCGGCGCCCUCGCUGGAGGAUGUCAACUUAACCGCCUAUCAGACCUGGAAACUGAAGCAGCAGAAGAAACAUGGCGGUGAGGAGAACAAGGACGAGAUCCUGGAGAUGAGUCGAGGAGAGGACGCCGCCACCGUCAAGAGACGACAGAGAAGGCUGGAGCUUCUGGAGCGCACGAGGAAAACACUGGAGGAGAGCCAAUCGGUGUGCGGCUGGGAAACUGAGAGCGCUCUGAGCUCCAGCAUCCCGCUGUCGGCGUUCUGCGCCGGAGCCUUUCCGUCCACCAGCGUCGCAGGAGACGAUAACAUGUCUGUGUUGAGCGGGAAAUCUUCCGUCCUUUCAGGUCACAGCACUCGAUCGCAGCCCAAAGAUCUUCCGGUGCCUCCUGCUCCGGUCACGGGCCCUAACGGCGAGCCCAUGGUCAACAUCGCCAACAUACAGAACUGGAUCACUACCGUGGUGAACGAGACGCUCAUGCAGAAGCAAACGGAGAUGAUGAUGAUGACAGGGACGAGUCUCGCUCCAUCCAGAGCAUCUUCGGUGUUCAGUCGUGGAUUUGAUGACGACAAAGCCUCCGUGUUGAGCGGAGCCACAUCCUCCAGCGUUCUGUCCCGCUGUAGAGCCCAAUGUGCACUGCCGGGGUCUGGGACGGCCCGCUCCGUCACGUCGGCCGGCGGUAGAGCCGAGUCUGUGAUCUCUUCUGGCGGAGCGUCAAACCUCACCUCUCUCUCCUCGCUCUCCAGCACUCGUAAGAGCAAAAUUACCACAACCAGUGUGCCACUGUACAGUCUGUUCCAGGACCAGGUGAACCUUCACAAACUGGACAGCAUGGAGAAAGAAAUCAAAUCCGACAUGAGGGACAAGAUGGUGUCGUACGAGGUGAAGAAGAUUGCGGAGGACAACAAGCGCAGCACGUUAUACAAGAAGAAAAAGCAUAAGGACGAGGAUGGAGAACAGGAGGGCGAGCUCGGUAAGUUAAACGGACUGGACGAUGUAGAAGCCCAUCCACGCGAGAAGCCGAAACCCAAGCGUGAUUUUGGUCGCUCUGGAAUCCUCAACCUCCCGGCAUCAGUGGGUAACACCAGCAGUAAUAUCGACGAAUGGCUGAUGAACGUGAGACCUCCCUGUAAAACAAACUCUAAUGAAGCUGAUCCUGGACCUCGCAUGUCUCGACCAUCCUAUGACGAAGAUCUGGCAGAACCCUCGGAGUAUGACUUCACCAGCCACAGGAGCUCAAUCACAGUCCAUGAAGACGAAGAGGAGAGCUACAGCUUCACAUCCAGAUUCGCGUCCAGACGUCAGGCCGACGAUCGCCUGGAUUUGUGUAGAGAUAGCAGUCCACCUUCCACCGAGACGCCGUGUAAUGGUAAAGAUGAAACCGCGACGUAUAGAACCCAGAGCUCUUAUGCCAAAGACCAAAGAUCUACUCGCUCCUCGCGAGUGCAGAAUGAUGACGAGGACGAGGAAAUCUCUUCUUUCAUUGCUCAGAUUAAAGAGAGAGCUCGAGCACGCGUCGCUGAAGAAAUAGAAAAUGAUGAAGUGCUCGCCGCGUGGAGAAAACAAGAGUCACACACUGACAAAACCUAAACGCGCACACACACAGACUUUAGUUGAUAAAAAUCACUGUGUGAGCAGAAAUAAUCCACGUAAAACACUUGACUUAAAACUUGAAUCCAAAAUAAUUCAUAACCUGAAUACAAUAUUAUAUGAGUGACAUCACCAUCAUCUGUAAUCUCUCUCACUCUGCUAUCAGACAGAAAUAAAUGAAUUCUGAGUGACAGUUAUUUGUGUGCAUUUCUACAACAACACUUGUGACGUGUGUAUGACGAUGUGUUCGCACUAACAGUUUCUUAUAGACAUUCAAUGAAUACUUUACAUGUCUCAUCAUAAACAGAAUAACAAACAGAUUUAAAUAUACAUGAGUGAUGAAAAGGGAUGUCUGGGUUGUUUAAAAGUGAUAAACAGCUGUAUUUUUCUUC